AUGGCCGACGACUUAGGGGAAGUAAACACAGCUGUAGGUGAAGGCGAAACAAAACAAGAGCAAGAGGUCUCCAAACUUUUAAACGAGGAGCCUGACAACAAUGCCUGCAACAACAAUAUUCUUGGCCGGACCGAGAGGUCAUCGUCGGAGAGCAGCUGGUCGGGUUCCCUCAUGUCGCUGGCUCGUAAGGCCACGGAGACACUCAGCAGCGGGGUGAACUACGCUUCUGCACGGAGGAACUCCGUGCAUGGCUCCGCUGAGAGCCUGACGUCGGAAAAGGAGCCCGAACCCGAGUUAAACCGCAUGGGAAAGAAGCUUCCAGUGUUGCUCCCCAAAGACCCCAUGGCAAUAGAAAGGUCCAAUCUUCUCAGCAUGCUGAAGCUAAGCAUCAAAGUUUUAAUCAAGUCUUCAGUGAGUUUGGGGAGGACUCUAGACGCUGACUUCCCGCCCUUGCAGCAGUUCUUCUUAGUCCUGGAGCACUGCCUCAAACAUGGGCUAAAAGCCAAGAAGUCCUUCAUUGGUCAGAACAAAUCCAUUUGGGGCCCUCUGGAGCUGACUGAGAGCUUGUGUCCAGAAUCUGCCAACAUAGUGACAAGUGCCAGAGACCUGCCUGGAAUCAAGACUGGUUUGGGGAGAGGAAGGGCAUGGCUGCAUUUAGCACUCAUGCAAAAAACAAUGGCUGACUACAUGAAAGUCUUGCUGGAACGCAAAGAUCUCCUGAGUGAGUUCUAUGAUGCUGGAGCGCUAAUGAUGGAGGAGGAAGGUGCAGUAAUGGGAGGGCUGCUGGUCGGCCUUAAUAUUAUUGAUGCAAACCUGUGUAUUAAAGGUGAAGAUCUGGACUCUCAGGUGGGAGUAAUUGACUUCUCCCUUUAUCUGAAAGACCCUACCAGCUCUGGAAACCCGAAAGAUGAUGCCAAGAUGACCGCCAUCUUGGAUCAGAAGCAUUACAUUGAGGAGUUGAAUCGUCAUCUGAGUGGAACCGUUACCGACCUUCAGGCGAAGAUGGACUGCUUGGAGAAAACCAACAGCAAACUUGUAGAAGAGCUCGCAGCGGCAACGGACAGAAUCAACUCUCUGCGAGAUGAACAGGAACAGCUGAGAGAGGACAACGCGCAGAUUUUGCUUUCCAGUCAGAAAAAGAAAGAGGCUGCGCUUCAGGACAGCCAGGCGGAGUUGGAGACGUACAAACAAACCCGACAAGGCUUGGAUGACAUGUAUAAUGUUGUGUGGAAGCAAUACAAGGAAGAAAAACGCAUUCACCAGGAGUUGGCGCGAGAGCUGGAGCUCCAGAUAGUGCUGAAACAGGAAAUGGAGAUGGCCAUGAACCUGCUGGAGAAGGACUCACAUGAGAAACAGGACUCACUGGCUGCUUUGCGACUCCAGUUGGACCAAGUCAAAGCUCUGAACCUUCAAAUGUUUCACAAAGCACAGGACUCUGAACGAGAGGCGGCCAAAAAACAGGCAGAGGUUGAACAGCUCGAGCAGAAAAUAGACGACAUGGUGAAAGCAAUGACGGAUCUAGAGCUGAGACUUCACAAUUCAGAACGGGAUUGUAAGAAGAGCAGCCAGUCGGAUAAAAACUUAAGGGUUGAGCUGGAGGGAAAAAUAAACACGCUUGAAAAACAACUGAGUGACCUGGAUGCACAAAGGCUGGGCUUUGAGAAGGAACUUGUGGUCGAGAGAGAACAGCGGCAAGGCCUUCAGAAAGCGCUCCAGAGGGAGCAGGACAAUAGCAUGGAGCUUCGCACGCAACUCCAACAACUCCAAGGCCUGCACGCUGAGCUACAGGAUCUGAAGCAGGAGAAGCAGCAGCUGCAAGAGUUAUGUGAACAGCAGGAGCAGGCUUUGCAGGAGAUGGGGCUGCAUCUCAGCCAGUCAAAACUCAAGAUGGAGGACUUUAAAGAGGUUAACAAAGCACUGAAGGGCCAUGCCUGGUUAAAAGAUGACGAAGCCACGCAGUGCAAACAGUGUGAAAAAGAGUUCUCCAUCUCACGAAGAAAGCACCAUUGCAGGAACUGCGGGGAUAUUUACUGCAGCAGUUGCUCCAGUAACGAGCUCGCCUUACCUUCAUAUCCUCGUCCCGUGCGGGUUUGCGAUAUGUGUCACUCCUUGUUGCUGCAGAGAAGUUCAUCCAAAGCUUCCUGA